AUGAACACAGAAUGGGAUGAAGAAGAAGACGACCCAACAUACAAGGGGGAAUCCACAGUGUUUAGCAGACUUCAUCCAGAGCACGAAGCGUACAAGCCGAACAAGCGCGCAGGGUAUAACCCAAAAGCAGAACAUGAUUACACCUUGAGCUAUCGUCCUGAUGACAUGGCUGAAAAUUCAAAAUUCAUCAGAGAAAUCGCCUGCGCCGCCAUCGACAAAACAAAAUUACCACACAACGUGGGUAAAUACAACGGGUUGACAGACCCAGAUGAUCACCUCCAGGGUUUUAAGGGCGCAGGAGCAACAGGUGGAUGGAACUUACCAACUUGGUGCCACCUGUUCGCUCAAACAUUCGUCAGCGCAGCGCGCAUAUGGUUCGACAACCUACCAGCAGGUAAAAUCAAGUCGUGGAUUGACUUCCGAGAGAAGUUCCUAGCACACUUCUCUCAUCAGCGAAGACAAGCCAGAGAUCCCGACGAUUGUUUAAACAUAUGGAGAAAAGAUCACGAAAGCGUGGAAGAUUUCAUUACAAGGUAUAACAAAGAAUGUUUAGAAAUCAGAGACUUACAAGAGAAGAUGAUGCGCGCACAUUUCAUGAGGGCGGUUAAGUGUGACGAUUUAGUCAAAAGAAUCAAAGGGCGAGACAGAGGACCCAAAGAUUGGGAAACCUUCAUAGAAGCAGCAAAAACCAUUGCGCAGACCGAUAAACAGUUGACCGGUGACGAUCACCGUCAACGCGCACACAACCACAACGACCGACAUAACAGAAGGGGCAGAAGUCAGCCGCGGAAGGCUUCGGGCCAUAGAGAAAGAAGCCCACCAAGGGAAGACGCACGUCACACAAUCAACCAAAUAGCUCACCGAAAGGAAGUAAAACGAGAAAAUAGAGAAAAACAGUGGACACCACUGACAAAAACCCCCUCUGAAGUCUUAGCCACUGAAAACCAUCAGUUUAAACCACCCCUACAGAUGCGCAACAAGAGGGGCCAAGACCCAAACCUUUUCUGUGAAUUUCACAAGGAUACGGGCCACCUAACUGACGAUUGUUUCAGUCUAAAGCAAGAAAUCGAAAGAACCCUGAGAGAUGGAAAGCUCACUCACUUGGUAAAAGGCGGGAAGCGCGACUAUCGCCAAAUCCAAAGAAGAGAUGAAGGGCCAGAUAACAAAAAACUCAGGAAGUUGGAAACCCACAUGGUGCAGGGAGGUCCACGAAGACCAAGGAAAAACUACAACAAGCGCACGCAGGAUGAUUCAUGGCGCGAGAAGCAAGUUAUUUUCCCAGUUGUUAGAGGGGGCCCGAGGGAAAAACGACCAAUAGUCAUUCCAGGUGUGAUUGGCCACUACCAGACAGAUUACAUCUUCAUCGACCCGGGGAGUACCGCGGAUAUCAUAUACGAGCAAUGCUUCAAUCAAUUUGAUCAGGUGGACAAGGCGCGCUUGGAACCAGUCGACUACCCACUAACUGGUUUCUGCAACGAAGCCGUCUUUCCCCUGGGGCAGAUAUCAUUCCCGGUGUUACUUUCGGAUGGAAGAAAUUCAAGAACUGAAGAAGUCACAUUCAUGGUGCUACCAGCACACUCAAGACAUGACAUCCUCCUAGGAAGAGAAUCCCAAUGA